AUCUCACGCUUUUUCUUAUUGUUAAAACUUGAUAUACAAUGACUAAAAUCACGCACUGCAUUUUUGACAUGGACGGUCUCCUUUUAGACACGGAACGUGUCUAUACCGAAGUGACUCAGCAAAUCUUGGACAAGCAUGCCAACGGUGUCAAAUUUACCUGGGAUGUCAAGAGUAAAUUAAUGGGAAGAACUGGCGAUGAGUCUGCCACUAUGGUUGUAGAAACCUACAAGUUACCCAUGACAGUGCCAGAGUACUUGGAAAUCAUGUCGACUAUUCAAGAAGAUCUUUUCCCUCAUGUCAUGAUUCUUCCAGGUGUUGAAAAAUUCGUGCGUCAUUUGAAAGCUCAUGGCAUUCCCAUGGCCGUGGCCACUUCUUCCACGCGCAAUAAGUUUGACCUGAAGACGUCAUUGAACAAAGAGUUUUUCGAGCUUUUCGAUGUGAUUAUUUGUGGAGAUGAUGCCGAGAUUAAACGCGGCAAGCCUGCACCUGAUCUUUUCUUGGCAGCUCAAAAGCAUCUUGGCAACCCACCCUCCGAAAACUGUUUGGUGUUUGAAGAUGCGGUGAAUGGUGUGGAAGCCGGUUUAAAUGCAAAUAUGCAUGUGGUUUGGAUUCCCGAUGAAAAUAUCAAAUGUUUGACAGGUGAUGAGAAUCAUGGUGCUACUGUUGUUUUGAAAUCGAUGGAGGAUUUGGUACCUGAAGAUUUUGGACUUCCUCCUUAUGAUAAAUAAUAAUAAAAAGAACUAUUUUUAUUGUUAUUAC